AGGACAUGGUCUAUGCCAAGAUUCUCAACAUCAGCAUGGACAUCCUCAAGGGAGCCAGCAAUUGCAUUGAUACGGAGACAGGCAACAUGCAGGCGGUGAUGAAAGACAAAAACACCACGGUGUGUGUGUGGGCCAAUCUCAUGAGGAAGUCAAGGUUUAAAUGUUUGACCUUCGAGGAGGUGGGCAUGGGCUUUGAGCUGACCAAGCAGCUCGCGAUGAGCAACAUUGCCGUGCGGGUCCUUCACACCAGCUAUGACCACUUGUCCACAGUGUCCAGGAUGACGCACAUGGAAAUAACCGUCGCACCACCCAGGUCUGUCACCCACCGCCCCCCAUGACUCUGUAGAAUUGUUAAAUCCAUGCCCUGCCGUGUGAUACAGG